AUGCCUGCAUGGAAAGAAAUCAACGUAAAUAUUCAGGACAUAGCAUGUAGAGAAUUAAACAUGGAGAAUGAUAGAGCUCACAAGGAAUCAAGUAUUUCUUCGAAAGAUAAAGUCUGUGAGAAGAAUGUGGACACAACUGAGAAGCCCCCUCAUACCACCACUUCUCUCCAGCCAACUACCACGAGGUUCAGAGUUUUAACCACCACCAAAGGAGCCACUACAUCCCACCUGCCAACCAGCCUGCCCACAGAAGAUGAUACCAAGAUAGCACUGCACCUAAAAGAUAACGGAGCUUCUACAGAUGAUAGCGCUGCAGAGAAGAAAGGUGGAACUCUCCAUGCUGGUUUAAUUGUUGGAAUUCUGAUAUUGGUCCUCAUUGUAGCAGCAGCCAUCCUUGUAACAGUCUAUAUGUACCAUCAUCCAACGUCAGCAGCUAGUCUCUUCUUUAUUGAGCGCCGCCCAAGCAGAUGGCCUGCAAUGAAGUUUCGAAGAGGCUCGGGACAUCCUGCGUAUGCUGAAGUGGAACCAGUUGGAGAAAAAGAAGGCUUCAUUGUAUCAGAGCAGUGCUAAAAUUUCUAGGACAAGAGCACCAGUACUGGUCUACAGGUGUAAGACAUUUACUUUGCCUCUCUUUAAAGAAGAGGAGGCCUGAGCUGCUGUAGCUGUAAAGAAAGAAGAUUGUUGGAUAAAUCUUGUCCAAGAAGAAAAAAUGAUCUAGGAUACCAGAUUACCACUGCGCUGUAGUUUUCCUUAGUGGAUUGACAUACAAUAGUUCAUUCAGAACACCCUGAGUGGACAUCUACAGUCUCAGAAAUGUGGCACAAAUGCCAUGUUAUUGGCUUAGGUAUGGGGUUGCAUAAGAAUCAAAAAAUAUAAUAAAGCUUUAGUUCAUCAGGGUGCUGUUCAAGCAUUCUUCUCUGGUGUCUCAAAAAUAAACUGUGUUACAAAUCUGUAACCCUUUCAUGCAAGGAGCAAUGAUCAGUUUUGACAAGGUUGCUAAGAAAAUCAAUUCAAUGUAGGUAAACAAUAAGCAAUUUUCUAUACUUCUACAAAUGAAUGUGGAAUACAAUUCUGAGUGUUCAAUGCCAAACUAACAUAACCAAGUGAGCGAGUGAGUUACAGUACAACAUAAAUUCUUUCCAAGAGUAGUAGAAUGUUUCUUGUACUUUGUUGGUUAACAUCCUUUAAACAAGCCAUGAUAAAGAAUUAUAAAGUUGGUACAAGGCGGUUAGAAAAAAGAGCUGGGAGUUUUCACUAUGGUGAAAUUGGAGUACAUGGUGAAAUUGGACUAUUUUUUAGUUUCAGUGUUCACUAAACAAUUAAUUAUUGGAUUUGUUUUAAGGGAUGUCACUUUUAUUUCCAAACAGUGGGCUGAAAUGAAGGCAACAGAUGCUUUUGGCUGAUGCUGGCAGAAAUCAAUAUAGACUAUUUCUCAGACAAGGCGAUGAAAAAAUUGUUAAGAUUUUAAACAAAUGGAUUGUUAUCCUCAUUGCAAAUCCUUCCCGAGAAGCAUUGCAGAUUCCAUUGCACUCCUCCCGGAGAUACAGACUCAAAGUGUUGCAGAACCCUGCUGAUUCAUUCAGUGAUUUAGUUUAAUACACAUAGUAGUUGCAUAAAUAUAUAUAUAAAUAUAUUUUUUUUUAUAGCUAACACAAGGCAGGCUCUUGUGGCUGUUAAGACUGCAUUUUUGUCAUCCAGAUGGAGGAAAUGGAUUGCAUUACUGCAUAUUUCCACUGAGUUGUAAAAUAAUCCUUAAUAUUAGAAUAUUUUUAUGUUGCUUAGGGAUAGUGGUUCGUUUAGUUGCAGUGCCAUAACUUUCUGCAUACUGGAGCCACAUUUCCUUUAAUAUCAACCCUUUUCCUCCCUGACUAGGGAAAAACAAUAUGAUAAAUUCCCAGUGAAAAGAAAAGAUAUUCCUUUGGGUGGAAAGGAGUUAAUAUACACUGAGCUACUAAACUUUUCAAUUCAGGUAUUGUAUGUACAUUUCAUUGUGGUCUUUCACUUUCAAAUCUUUUACACACUGUACAAGCAGAGGCCCUUGAAGCAUUUUAAGAUACAGUAUUCAACAUUUGCAGUUUUAGGUCCCAAGUAGUUUAGCCACUUUGUAGUUACAACCUUAAUUAAUCAGUUAUUUACAUUUCUUGUCAAUGCUUGUAUGGUCUACAUUUGUUUACUUAAGUGUUUUAAAAAUAACAUGAUUUUUACUUGUUAUUUUCUUCAGUAAAUAAUACAAUACUGUAUUUUCUGUAUUCAUUCUUUAUUCUAUGUAACACACAUUUUACAGUCGGUUUUAAAUCAUCCACUGUGCGGUUUGAAAUGUUCAAAAUCUAACCAGUAUUAAUUUGAAACUGCUAAAAACCACAUCUUGAGGUCUGCUGAAAAUCUUGCUGCGAUCACUCUUUUAUAUUUGUGUGGCUCUACCAACACCUAUUUCUGAUGGGGGAGGGAUUAACAUACUGGCUAUUAAUUCAGAUAGCAAUAAUCAAAUAUAUGCACAUACCUAUCUGGUGACACUAUUUUUUAAAAUAAAACAUGUAACAGUGCACAUAAUUUAAAAAAACAAACUUCCGGGAUCUGAUACUUAUGAUCAGUUUUUCUAUCUUAUUCCAAGUAGAUUUGCAAUCAUCAGCUAGGAUCUAUUGGCCUAAUAAAACAAUUACAGAACUCGCACUUGUGAUUUUUGAAGCAUGAUGCCCUCACCGGUUAAAAUAAAUGUUAUUCCAGAUCAUAUCAUGACAUGUCAGCCAAUAUAUAAAUGUUGUGAAUCUGACUGAAGAGUAUCCACAUGAUGCUGCACCGUGUUUGGUUGUCUAAAUAUUCAUGUAAGUAAAGACUACUCACAGAACUCUGGGCUUGAAGGCUGAAGCAUUGGCUUAGUAAAACAAGCUGGAUCAAGUUUUACUUAUGUAAAGUAAACAGUGGAGCUGGCUGAAUAAUACUGAUCAUGUUAUUUGUGGGUUUCAUGAUUUUUUUUCAUAGUCAACAAAUUUUUCUGUCUUCAUUCCUAUCCCCUUUAUAGACCUGGAUGAACAGUUUGUGAUAAUUCACAAAUAAACAUACAUUUGAUGACA